CCCUGAGGGCUGUGGGGCUGUUCCUUGUUGUUCCGGGUUGUUUCGUGCUGUUCGGUUUCUUAUAUCUCCUCGUCGCUUCUCUCCCGUCUCGUUGUCCCCGGCUCCAGAAAUUGAUUCAUCUGUGUUUCCAGAGAUGAAGAGGAAAGCAUCAAGAGUUGGGAAACUGAGGCUUAGUCCUAAUGAAGAAACCAUGCUUCUGAAAGAAGAAUAUGAAAGAAGGCGAAAGCUGAGGCUGCAGCAAGUUAGAGAGCAACAGAAGUAUAUAUCCUCACAAAUAAGGCAGAAAGUAAAGCAGAGGAGGGCAGAGAAGCUACAUCAGUUAGAGGAGACACUGAGAGCUGAAUGGCAGAAGGCACAAGAGGAGAAGAUGAAGGCUUUAGAAAAACUGUUUUUAUCAAGCUUAAGAGCUGUUGGUGAGGGUCACCGCCAAGCCAAGGAAAAUGAACCUGAUUUAGAAGCCCUGGCAAAGCAAGCAGAGGAAAGGAAGCAAAAAGCGGAGAAGCGACAUAAGAAAGCCCUGAAAGAACAUAAGUUGCAGAAAGAGAGAUUACUCUGUGAACAAACCCGUCGAAUCGACGCACGUAAGCACGCUCUGGAUGUGGAAAGAGAAAGAGCAGCCAGGGUUGCGAGCCUGCCACCUCCUCUGCCACAUCCUCUUGAAAAUCUGGAAGUGAAAAAGAUUGCUGCAAUGAAGGCCCAUGGUGCUGGCAGAUUUUCCGCUACACGUUAUCACAUUUCAGAACCUUAUGUGGACAGAGAAAGGAAUGCAGAGCAGCCAGAUGCUCGGUUGGCAGCUGAAGAGGAGGUGAAGCGUUUGAAGGAGCUACACGAGGAGACAGAGAGGGAGAGAAGAGAGCAGCUUGAGAAGGCACAUCUGAGAGGAAGUCAUGCCUUGAAGAAGGUCCAUUUGGCUCAGGACAGGGAAAGGCUACUGAAAGAACUUGAACAAAUGCAGAGAAUGGAUCAAAUGCGCAGAAGGCAGAUGGUAGCUCAGAUGCCACCUCAACUUUUUGUACCUGGAUAUAAACGCGUGGAAAUGAAAGAAGACUGGCAGAGAGAAUUGGAGUUUGCCUUUGAAGAUAUGUACAACGAGGACAGAAAAAUGAAAGGAGACUUGAUUUUGCAGUUUGAACCGCAGCCUUUGCCAUCCCCUUCUGAUAAAUCUCAAGAUAAUGAUCUCGAUCUCUCUUUGGAGCAAGAAUCUGUUUGUGACGGCCAGCAAGAAUCGGGACAGAUGGUAAAGGAGGAGGUCCCCGGUGAAUCAGAAAGUCAUAAAGAGGUAAAAACUCAUCAACCUCAAUCAAAACUUGCCUUGAAGAAACUGCUGAACAAGAUUAGAAACCAAAAAGAGCAGUGGAUGUCAAAAAGUGAGAAAGAAUUUCCAAGCAAGAAUGAGACUAUUGAAUCAGACACUAUUGCUGGCAAAGAGAGACAUCUGGUUGAUUUAGAACCGAAUGAUGAGCGGCACAAAACUUCUAUAUGUGAAGCCAAAGAGCCCAAGGAAACGUUGGAACAUCAUGUUGCACUCGAAAAUUCAGUUGUAAUCCAUCCUGAAGAACAAGCAGCUAAAAUUAGAAUGGAAAAUGAGAGACAGCAGUGGCUUGAGCAAAUAGAGCAACAGAAACAGGAACAGCUGGCCUUGCUGAAACAAAUAGAAGAAGAGAAGGCACGUCUGGAGAUCCAAAUGCAAAUCUGUUUGGAAGAGGCCAAGAACAAAAAGGAGGAGGAAGAGAAAAGUCAGGCAGUACAAAGCUGCAGUGUUUCUUCUACAGAUGAACAAAAAGCAGAACAUGAGUCUGGAAGUACUGCUGUGCCAGAAACCAGGAGUUCUGGAGAAGACAGCCACUCACAGGUGAUUCGUAAUUAUCAACAGCGUCUUCUGGAACAAAACAGGCUACACAAACAGACAAUCAAUGAAGCUAGAACCCGUCUACGAGAGUAUCAGAAUAAACUGAAGCAAAGAUAUUUGACUGAUCCUGUGAAAAUGUUAAGCUCUGUGGAAACAACAUCAGCAAAUCUAAAGCUUGUCUCAGAACAACUUCAGCAGAAGCAGGGAAUGCAGUCUGCGCAGUCCCAAUCACCUGAACAGGUUUGUGCAGAAGACUGCACACUGUCACUACCUCUUCCCUACAACGUGUGUGAUGUUCCUGAAAAAGCCUCUUCACAAAAACAUAGAGAGAAAAUGCACAGUGUUUAUCCUGGUAGGCACCUACAUUCUCCAGAACCAUUGAAUUUGAAGUUUGGAGAUAACUGUUUGUCACGGAGCUGUUCCUCACAGGAACUAGUGGGAAUAUUGGACACCUCCAACAAGGAGGUCAGAGAACCACCUGUGCUCCAGUUGCCAUCAGUGUUGGUCACACAAGAUGUUUCUCCACCCAGAACGCACCUGGGAGCACGUGUACAACAGGUUAGAUUUGCCUUACCUGCAGAACAUUCCUCUGGGCCUUCAGAAACAGAGCACUUGAAGAAAUCAGACCUCAGGUGGUGUAACCAUCAAAUGGAAACACAAGCUGAAGAAGAGCCUCCGCCUGUGACACCCCUUAGGGCAGCAACAAAAGGAUAUUCCACAGUACAGGAAGCCACAGUUAAUUCUUUGGCUUGUCAUCAGGGGUCUGCAGUGAGCCCCACCAGAGCAAGCCUUGAACACAGCUGUCUUUCUGAACCUGUGUCUUUAUCUCAUGAAGAAAGCGUUGAGGAAUCCUUAGUAUCAAAAGCAUCUUCGUUUAAUUAUUCCCAUAUACUGAAUUUAAGGGACAGUGUGUUGGCCUCAUCAGAAAGUAUCCAAGCGCAGCAGCAGUAUUUGAAAGAACUGCAAGAGCAGCUGGAUGCACGUAGAGAAGCUCUUCUUUUGAGGCAGAAAAUACAAGAGCAACUACUUAUGCAGAAACAGGAUAAACUGAAGGAACAGAUGCAGAAACAACAAGAGGCUUUGAAAGAAUUUCUGAACAAGCAGGUAAGACACAGCAACAUGAAUGGAGCAAUGACAGAGCCACAAAGGCCUGACUGGAUUAGUAAGAGUGACUUUUUCCAGGACUCAGAAAACUACCAUUUAGAGAACUGUGACACGAGUCAAUUUCACAGAGAUGAAAUGAUUUCACAGGACAUCAGUCUGGCUGGGCAAAUUGGGCAGCUUGAGAAAGCUCUGCAUAGAGAACAGAAAUUGAAGAUUUCCAGACCUCCUGUAACGAAAGUGAAGUUGGGGCUUGGUUUGGAACAACAUGAGCUUAGUGUUAUUCCAGAAGUAGACACACCAAGGAGUUGCAACAUUUCUUUUGCAGGUAAAACAGAUUCUGUUGGUGGAGAACCUUCUCCCAUUUCAACUGCUGGGGAGUCUGCGUAUAGGAAAUGUUGUGGUGAUGCUCUUCAUGAAGAAGGCAUGUCACCUGGGAGCAUAACAAGCUAUGGGCAGCAAAUCUCUGUUGAAAGCCUGAAGCAAAGCAAACAACCUGGAUUAUUACAAGAGUUGCUGCUGAUGUCUACUGAAAAUUCAUAUGAUUCAGCUCAGUCCCAAGAUUCUCUUGUGGCUCAAGAUGUGCCAGUUCUUGCUGCUGCAGCUGGAGGGGACACACUGCAUUCUGGAUCAUCAUUCAGAGGCAUUCAUGCGGAAGUACUUUCUAAGGUAGUGUCCAUGGAUGUAGGUUCAGAGGCUUCCAUGCAAGCAGUACCCUGUGAUUUAUCUUCAACUAUUUCCACUGGAAGCUUUUUGACUACUGAAACACUGGAUGUCAGCCCUGUUGACACUGGAUUGUCUUCUGACAGCAUGGAAGAUCAAGUUUUGAAAAGAAUCACAAGCAGCCCAUGGGACUCCUCACUGCCUUUUACAGUGCAGGAGUGGCAGGAGACUCUGUUUGAAGCACCUGAAAGUGAGCUGCCUGAAGGAGCACCGUGCCUUGAUAAAGGGAGUCAGAUUCAUCAGGUCUUGGAGAGAUGCUGUGGAGAGUUAAACUCUUCAUCAGAGACCAAUAUGUGUUUUGAAGCUCUCUCAGCUGAGCUUGAUUUCCCUGAAACUGAGAGGCCUUCUCCUAACUUCUGCCAUCAGCUCUUUCAGCCUUUGGAACCAAGUCCUGCCUUCGGUGUUACAUCACCCAUUUCUCAUUACAAGAUUCAACAGGGCAACAAAGAAUUGAGGAAGAUUUCAGCAUUUUCAGCAGAAAUUCAAGACCAGUCUACGUUUGUAGAAGUGAGAACCUCCAAUUUGGAUACACAAAGAAGCAGUCUGAUGGGCAGUCAAACAAGCAAGCCAAACAACAUUACAUCAGAAGAGUGUUUCAAAGAGAGCAUUACUCUGGGUUUGGAAGAAUCUUUUCACUCGCUGCAAUUAGAACCUGCUCUGAGCAAUCGCUGUCAGAAUGCUGCUCGGCCAGCAAGCACUAAUGUUGUAUCAGAGGAGUCCUUGGAACUAAAUCCAGGGAUUGAAAUUGGGUGCAAUGAGAAUGAUGUUUCAUCUGACAGACAAUAUGAAGAACUGGCAAGGAGUUUGGAUCAUACUGGUCUGCAGCAUUCAGUGGAGGAUAUGCGACAUGACAGUCUGAAUUCGCUGCAUGAGCAAAACUCAUUUUAUCAGCUCAGUACCACACCAGUGACAGUGGAUGAACCUUUCCCUAAACACACACCGAAAGAGGGCCUAGCAUUCAAAAAAGAGAUUCUGUCUUCUGAAAAAUUACCUGCCAAGGUACUUGAUAGGAAGUAUGUGAAGCUCCCUGAAAAAUUACUUGAUGUACAUGAAGCAAAUAAAGCUGUGGAGGUGGAUUCUCAUUGCAAAACAAAUGCAGAGGAGCCAGAUGAAGGUUUUGCUCAAGUACAAAAGUCUUCAAGGAUUACUGAAGGCAUCAGCGUGGAAGCCCCAGACGUUUAUUUACAGGCAGCAGUAAAACACGAUUCUUUCUGCCUGGGAAGACGUGAAAAACAUUCUAACUCUGUGGCUGGAAGCUCAUCUCGUAUUCCGAUCUGGGAGACCGAGUCAGGACUUGGUAUUAUGGAAGAACCUGAACUCACUCUUGUGAGCUCAAAUGACAUCAGUAUUGCAGAAUCAGACGCUGAACAUAUGAACCAAGAGAGAAGUAAUGAGGAUCAAACAAAUAACCCAGUGUGUACAGACAGGUCUGCCGUCAGUGUUCUGACCAAGAAAAGAGAAUUUUUACCACUGGUUCCAGACACAGAUUGUUCAGUGCUCGUAAGGCCUGACGGCUCUUCCACAGCCAACAGCCCUACUGAGGGUCGGUGUCCAUCACAUCAGACUGCAGAGAUGCUGCUGGAAUCUGCUUCUGCACCAGGGAGUUUGCAAGAAGCUUUUGUAAAAAGGAAGAAGGAUUUCAUCCAGAAAUCACUGAGGAGAGUUGAAGAAAUGAAACUAAGAGAGAGAAAAAAUGAAAAGCCAGAAGGCAGCCGGGUUCAAAGGAGAAAGUGUGAGACGUUAAGCAGUCAAAAGGAGUGUCUGCUUCUCACUGGGAAAAAAGGCGCAGUUGUCAAUCAGCUGAAGAAAGUAGGAGAAGUGAAGGUGUCUUCUCCAGAAGACAGAAAGGCUGGAGAAGCUGAGAUGUAUCAGCGCACCUCAAGACUUUAUAAUCAACUUUCAGAAGUAAAGACCAGAAAAGAAGAAAAAACAAGGCAGGAAACUUAUGCUAAAAACAGAGAAAGGGCUAAGGAGUUUCAGAAGAAAAUGCUGGAAAAACUACGAGCCAAGAAGCCAGGGAAAACAGCCAGACUAGGAGAAGCCUCUAAACAAGAAGCACUGCUGUGUUAAUACUCUGAGUUGUAUCAAACAGUGAGAUCUGCAUUAAACUAAAUCAGGUAAUGGCUGACAGAUGCUUUCUACAAUACUAUCUACUUUUAACAUGUAGCAACCAGCACUGAGUAGAAUGACACUGCAGGAAAAAGCUUUAUGUGCCUUAGUGUUUGAAAGAGUGCCUGUAAUAUAUGUUGUGUAAAAGCAUCAUCAAAUAAAAUGUUUUUAUAAACAUAUAAAACAAUAAGGUGGUUCUUCAAAAAGCUGAAACCCAUUUUUCUUAUCUUUAAUUACCGUUUCUACUGAUCACUUGUUGAAUAACUGAAUGUAGUUCCUUUCUUGUAGCCAGGUGAGAACGGAAGACAAACUAACACUUGCCUACAAGGCAGACAUGGUUACAAUCCCUGCUUUAGCUUUACUCCUGUGCUGACUCACAGUGUAGCAGUACAAAAUAAUUCCCUGGCUGCAGCUGGUUCUUUCAGGCAUCAGUUUUAUUUGAAUGUUACUUUCCAUAUGAAGUAAACAGUUGCUUGAACAGUUUGAACACAGUUGAUAAACCUUCCCCACUACAACCCCUCCUUGAUCCAUUACUUCAACUUACAGGGCAAUGAAGUUUAAAAUACUUAUAAUUCUCAGUUGUUAGAAGAAAUAGAAGAGCAUUUAAGAACUGUCCUUUUCUUUCUUGCAAGAGAUUUGCAGCAACAUCACACUGGGACCUGGGAGAAGAAAAGAUAAUUAGCACCAUAAUUCAAGAGAAAGAAAAGCCAUUUCUAUAUUUCACCUUCCUAUAGGCUGAAGCAACCUAACUUCAUAUCAAGGUGCCAAUGCACUGCAGGCACACACAUACACAUCCCUUACUUUUGGCCCCUAAACCCUUAAGUAUCAUUUUGCAUGCUAGCUCUGAUUACAGAUUCCUAUAUGCACUCUAUCUAAUAUUCCAGUUCAGCAUUACUGUCCACUUCCUCAUCUAUUUGGGAUUAUUUAUUUCCACGCAGUUUCAAGAACAUUAUUAAGAAUUAAAAUAAGAAAUAAAAAUACAAGAUGGCUCAUCGUGCCCCAACUGUAUCAAUAUUCUCUUCCACCUGCACAUGCUGUGGCAGUCAGCUGGUUGCAGAUGAAAUCAAGUAGCGUUCUGCCUGCAUUAGCAAUUCAGAAAGUGACCCAGCAGUAGCUACAGGUGGUUUCUCAAUUCAAGCAGCAACGUAACUUAUGAGCUGUCUCCUCUGAAAUAGACCACAGCACACACACACAGUGGCUACAGCAUCCUGCUAAAAGGAGUUUGAUGUACGGUCACUGCGUUAAGAGCUGCUGGUUUUCAAGCCAUGCAAACCCUCUUUGAAGUGACCUUUUAAAUUCUUCUGGGUACCAGCGCUGUUGCUAAGCAUCUUACCUGCAGACUUGCUGUGGCAGCACUCAGGUACAACUUCUCACCCCCUGACAUUCAGUGACAGCAGCAGACUCUGGGUACACAAAGGCACAUUGGUUAAUAUAAAUUAAGAGUAAAACUGAAGUUGGAUGCCAAGUGCAAGGAGGAGCCUUUUGUUUUCCAUUUUGAAUGCAUGACAGUUCUGUCAACAGCAGCUUCUGGAGCUUGAGUUCAAUAGCUGAAGAUUGCAGUCGGCACUUGGGUUAUUUGGUAGCCAAGGAGAGCCACUAAUACCCAGCAGAAGGGAGUGCUGUGUCUGUGGCCUACACCAAAGUUUUAUUCCCAGCAGACCUACUGCCACACAACGCAGCAAUUCAAGAGUCUGAUGGACUUGCUUUAUGGUCAUGUCCACAGCUCACCAGGAACAGCCAUAUCCUUGCAGCCUUGGUAAUGACCAGAUCCUCUCCCUUUACUGCUGUUUUUUACAAGCAUAUAGGACUAGCUUUUGGGUACACACAGACCCUGAUACUGCCAAAAUCUGGAGCGAGUGCUGCCCAGGACUGCUAUGGGCAGUCAUAUCUACAUUCCUAGACAGCUGUCUCAAGUUUUGAUCUUCUAGAGUCAUACAUUAGCAACUGAGCUUCCAUCAAGUUGCUCGAAACCUUCCGAACUGAAAACCCAGUGCUUACCUAUCCAACUGGUAGUUUCCUCUUCCAACUAAUCCAUUUCACACAGCCAAUUGACUGUUCUCGAUCCCAAGGCACCUGUUUAAAGAAACAAACUGAAGACACCAGGGAGAGCCAGGGGGCAGCUCUCACACUGACAAGUCCUACCCAGCACAGAAGGACUGCGCUCAAACCUUCAAGAGGGCAAAGCCUGUAUCAGCAAGAAUACCAGGUUCAACAGCCACAGCAGAGUGAAAACCAACGAUGCCAAAUGCUGAAAUUCUGUAGCACUGGUUAUUGAACACCCCAUCAGAAGAACGCUGCUGGGUGCAGAUACCAUUCAGUGCAACAAGCACAGCAGUCCCCAAUCAAUCAAUGCACGUUAAGUUCAAGCUCUCCACACGCCAGUUAGUAAUAAGCUGAAGUAACGAUUUUUCUCUGAAGUUGCCAUGCAACUAAGAGGGAAAAGACAUUCCAUCAAUUGCAGCAGCCUCGUAAUUCUUUCUAGUGUUCUUUAUAUUCCCAGCACAAAGGGCUUAUGCAAGUAUUGUCCUUGUUUUACUUUAAGCUACGUUCUAUAGAAUAGCACUACGCUCUGUAUAACCCAGGACUUCUAACACCGCAGUAGUAAAUUGGCUGAGAUGCUCAGAAAUCAACUCAGACUUCAAAUCUUUGAAGCUUAACAAGAGAAAAGCAGCACUGCUGAAUUACAUAGCACAGCAAGAAUCCAACACACUCAUUGAGUUACUUUAAGACUGGACAGACAUUGGAGGGCUGGACUUCUUAAUUUAAACCUAAAGCCACCACAAGGAACAGGAAAUCACUUUGGGAUUGAAGUGGGAAGAGCCUGUUUCAAGCCAACCAGAAAAAGACAUCCACAAAGAGGUCUGGUACCUUCCCAGACAUCUGGCUGAAGAGCAAGUUCAACCCACACCAUUAAACAUGUUAUGUUUUAAAUCUCACAACAUGCUCUUUUUCACUCUUUCUUACCAAGCUUUUCCAUUUGAAUUUUUUUUUUCCAUUCAUAUCAAAUGCAUGAACCAGAACCUAAGGGAAAACAUGACACGUUACUUCCAUCCCUGAAACAGUAGAUGAAGAUUUGUCUUGUAGUUCCGUCCCACAGAGCUAACAGGUAGCUCAAAGGGUAAAACUAAACCACAAGUUUGUUCUGUGAGGCGUUUCCAACGACAUGAACCUACAGAAGAGAUCCUAUCGGGAUAGACCUCACCAUUUCUGUGACCAUAAAGUAAUACAACAAAAAAAAAUCAAGCAGACUGGAAAAGCAUCUUGCACAGUUCCUAUCAAGUGCCUUCUUACUUCUGUCACGACUUGCUGGGGAAAAAGGAGGGAACUGUUACACUACCAUUUCAUUUGGAAGAUACGGUAAUAACUCCGCAUCAGUAAGUUUCGUGUUAAAAGUUAUUAUUACAUGGACGGCGUAAAACAGAGGAAAUUAACUGCAUUUAUUCAAACACUCCGAACUUCUCCUAGUACUAAUUUCCUUUUAAAGUAAAGCCCAAGUUUAGCAAGUUCAGCUCGUCACUUCAUUUCAGACCAAAAGAUCUUUCUUGGGAUAAAUCAAAGUUAAAGAAAUCUUCACUUAAGAAGAAGGAAUACUACGUUAAAAGAGACUAACACAGCAUUGAGCUACACCCCUGCAACACUCCCAAAGGCACUGAGCUUCAUCAUGUGAAUAGCUCCAGCCACUGAAAAACAGAGCCCCUCAAACACCAAUGCAUUUGAAGAAGCUCAGAUGGCACACGAACCUGGAAGGAGCUCCCAUCUCUGUCAAUUAGUGGCUUUCUGCAUUUCUUCUCUCAUGUCUUCUUAUCACCUGCCACCUGAAAAAGCAGCAUCACUGCAGAGUUACAAAAUGACAUGCAUGCACAUACAAGUAGAACCUACAGCAGUGAAUUCUAGAACCUUCAGAAGUCAUUUCUAACCACCACAGGCAUUUCUGAUGACCUCUCCCACUGCGGUGAACAUAAAACUAUCAAAUUACAUUUUUAAUUAACGAUCAGCCUAUUCACUGACAGCAUUCUGCAUGUUCCAUCCUCAGCAGAUACACAGUAUGAAGCCAGGCAGCAGGUCUGUUCAGAAAGGCCAUUCUCACUCACUCUCUUCAGAGCAGUUGAACAUUUUGCCAAUCAUCACAACAACUUCCUCAGACAGCCUCGAGCUUCAUUCCUGAUGCAGCAGCACUCAAUAAGAAACAACAGCCAUAUGGCAGCUCAGAAAGUUGAAGUAAAACAUCUAGAGCUCUAAGCAAUGGUUACAUUAAUUUGGUAUCAAACUCACCAAGGAAUUCUUCUGUUCUGCAGUGGCAGGUGGGCUUGCUGAAAAGAAGAACAGAUCACAGUAUGUGAUUAACAGUUCUAAGUUUCUUCAGCAUUUCAGUAACUUAAGACAGCUUCCAAGUGUGCUUUGAUGAACUAUUAACAGAAUUCAGCACUGGGUGUUUUUCUUCUACUUCCCACAGCCAGCAGGAUGCAGAAUGCUCCAGGACACUAUCUACUAAGCUACUAAACUGUAAUGGUGAUAGAAGGAUGGUUGGACUGGAUGACCUUGUGAUUCUAGUAG